UAAAUAUACAAAAUGUACGAUUUUACAAGGAUGUAAAAAUUAGUUGAUAGAAUGUAAAAACUUUAACCUGCUAAUCCUCCUCCAGAUACAAGGUUUUUACCAGAAGAGUUAAAGAAAGAUAAAAUUGUUGAUGAUCCUUAAAAUAAUAUAAAAAAAACAAAAAGAUAACUCCUCAUUAAGAACCAAAAGGGUUCAAAUGUGUUAAAGCCAAUCGAAGAUGAAAGACUUUUACUUAUUUAAAAAGAGAAUUACUUAAAGAAAAAGUAAAGGGAAUUAGAGAUGGAAUAAGUAAAAAAAGAAUUAGCAGAAUAAAAAAAAUAAGAAAAAUAAAAAAUAGAAUUAGAAACCCAAAGGGCUCUAUUAGUUGUAAAAGAAAAAAAAGAGUAUUUAAAUACAGUUAUUCUAUUAGGAUUAUUUAAGUUGAAAAAGAAGAAAAAAUAAAAAAGCGAAAUGAUAACGAAUUUCAAAAGAAAAAAUAAAAAGCAAAUAACUCAAUUUAAUUGUCAUCUAUUGAUGCAUCUUAUGUGUCAUAAAAUUUAAAUACAUCAUUAAUUAAGAAAUAAAUUUUAGAUUAUCAUACUUUACCAAAAGAACAAUAUAAUCGUAUUUAUCGUCAACCAGUAAGCCCCCCAAAAUGA